AUGGAUCCUCACUGGAAGCGAUCAGAAGCUAGUGGUCGACCUCCUCCUUCUUCUUCAUCAAAUCAGAGAAUGGGAGGUAUUCCUCCUUUAGCCCCAGAUGUAAUUCAAUCUCAAAUUGAGUACUUGCAGGCAUUGCAAUUGCAACAGCAAUCUCAAUCUCAACCUCUGGCAGAGAAUGAAAACUUUACACAAACAAAUUUAACCUCUCCUUUCCAGGCAAAUCCUUUUUCCAAUCCUAAAAGACGGGAAAGCUUACUAUUACCAAGACUUAAUCCCAUUGCCCCUAUUGGUGCGCGUCAAAUGCAGUCUCCUCCAAGUGCUGGUUCCGCCGAAUUGCCAAGUCCUUCAGUUAAGACUCGAACAGAAUCCUUUUUUAGCCCCGCCAAGGAAUCCUUUGAUGCGUUUGGUCCUGGAAUGCACGCUACUAGUCAACGCUCCAACGUGAUGGGUGGAAUGGGUGGAAUUCCCCCAACUCGUAUCAGACGUCGUUCAUCUGUUGGAAACGAGUCGCUCUCUCCUGUUUCCCCAAAAAGUGCGAAUUUUUUAACACCGUUGAAACCAAUUGAAGGUAAUUUUGAAUGGCAACAGUCGCCGAUGGAAUCUCCCCUCUCUGCUCGCUCGCUUCAAGAAAGCGUUUACAUGGAACCUGAAUCUCCGACGACGCAUGUACCUGUGCAAAUGCCCCUCUCCACUGCCUCUCAGCAGUCGUACAUUAACCAUUCGACAGACGGUGCUUCUCUUCCACAAAGCUCUUUCUUGAAUUUUAACAAUUCUGGAAAACGGGUAUCGGUUUCCGCAGCUGCUCAGCAGCAUAAGAAUCUUUUUCUACCUUAUUUACCCCAGGCUUCUCUUCCUAAAUUUAUAAGUACUGGAAGACUUCUUGUUGGAACAUUACAUAUAAAUCGCAAAAAUCGAUCCGAUGCAUAUGUUAUUACGGACGCCCUUGAUGAUUACAUAUUCAUUUGUGGAUCGAAAGACCGUAAUCGUACCUUGGAAGGUGACUUGGUUGCCGUCGAACUUCUUGAUGUAAAUGAAAUAUUGCAAACGAAACGAGAAAAAGAAGAAAAGAAAAUUCGCCGAAAUCUCUCUCUUUCUGGUACUUCAAAGUCAUCGGUGAAUAGUAAAGCAAAAAUGAUGUCUAUUGGCACACCAAUGGCUUUAGGGAUGAACAAAGGAGCUUUGGCUUUCGAAAGAUCCAUCGAGAAGCGGAAGAAUGAUUACGAAGUAACCGGACAAAGCCUUUCAUUUGUCGAUGACAUUUCUUUAAACCAAGAAAAUCUUCCAAAGUAUGCCGGUCAUAUUGUCGCUAUUCUUGAUCGUCCAAGCGGAGAUACUUGUUCAGGUACAUUGGCCUUGUAUCGGCCUAACAGCCUUGCGUCCAAAAACCAAUCAUCUCAUCGCCGAAAUUCAUCAACUUCUAGUGGAGAAAGUGGUAAGGGUCCAAAAAUUGUUUGGUUUAAACCAAGUGAUAAAAGGAUUCCAUUAAUUGCUAUAUCUAGUGAUCAGGUACCACCUAAGUUUUUCACUAAUAAUGAUGAAUUCAAGGAUCUGGUUUUCUUAGCUGGUAUCAAGCGAUGGCCUACAACAUCUUUGCAUCCAUUUGGUACAUUGUACGAAAGCAUUGGAAAAGUGGGUGAUUCAAAGGUUGAAUUUACCGCUAUUCUUCACGAUUAUAGUUGUCGUGUUUAUGAGUUUCCUGAAUCCCUCUCAUACAGUAUAAAACGAUUACCUAGUCCGGUUUCUCCAGAAGAACUAAAUAAUCGGUAUGAUCUACGAGAUAAGCUGACAUUCAUGGUGGGAACUCGUGACUAUGCAAUUCACAUUGACACUGGCCCAUCUGAGGGAGUUAUCAUUUUAGGCUUCCAUGUGACAGACGUCGCUAGCAGUAUUAAACAAGAUAUGCCCAUCGACGAUGAGGCUGCGAAUCGUGUUUCCCAAGUUCAGCUUUUACAAGGUUCUGUUCCUUUCUUACCGAAGAAAGUUACUGAAGAGGUGUCUCUUACAACUGGUCUUGAUUGUCUUGCAAUCAGUAUCGUUAUACAGUUGGAUCUAAAAUCUGAAACCGUACUGCAAUGCUCUUUAGGACCUUCCGUGAUUCGUCCUUCAUCCUACAUCAGUCUUGAAACUGCUCAGGCUAAUAUACAAUCAAAUGAAGCUCUUCAAUUACUUGAGAAAAGUGCUAAAGUACUUACAAAACUAAGACUACAGACAAAAGAGGAUGUUAAUUUACAACCUCUUUAUUGUUUUGGCUUCCUUGAUGACCAGCUCAGCGGCAUUCAAGACUUGAAUAUGAAUGUUUUUGAAACUUAUCCAGUUGUUUGUGCUUUGCAACAAAUUGAGCACUGGAUCAAUGAGAAAACUGCUUCUCAUUUGAUGAGUAUUUUUCCAAACAAGGUCGUUCUGAGAAAAAGCUCUCGUCCGAAUAAUUUGGACGCCGCUGUUCGUGCAGCCCGCCGAGCAGGGUUUCCUCUCACAGUAGAAUCUUCAUCUACUGAAUUUAUGGCCGCUUUGGCGACCAUAAACGAUAAGAAUCUUCAGAGAUUACUGCAACUAAACUUAAAAAGACUCGCAUCAGAGUCUGAGUAUACCGUGGGUAUAUCUAAUGAUAAAGAUGUAUCGCAUUUUGCUUUCGCUAGUCCUUGUUACACUCACUUUUGUCACCCUACUCGUCGUUACAUCGACAUUUGUGUACAGCGUCAGCUUCAUGAGGCCUUUGAAGGUCGUCCAGAUUUUUCAAAGGAUUAUAAGAGUUUACUUUCAGUCACUCAGUCUUGUAACACAUUGAGCAACUUUUAUCGAUAUGCUCAAGAAAAGAGCAUUCAUGCCAAGCUUUGUGAAGUAAGCCAGAUAAUUAAUUCUCGCUCCGGUCUUAUUCAGCUUAAAGCUUUCGUAAUAGCCACUGAUCAAUCUUACAUUGAUUUAGUCGUCUACGAGUUGGGUCUUGAAAGAAGGAUUUAUUUGGAUCUUUUACCUCUGAACAGCUGCGACUUUAAUGACCAAACUAUGGAAUUAACUGUUUCGUGGAGGAAGCCCUCUCCUUCUUUUUAUUAUGCCACUUCUUCUUUAGAAAUUGACAGUACCUGCUAUAGUAACUUCAAGAAAAAAUAUUUGGAUUCCAAUGGAUCUUGCAAACAAAUUUGUGACUUGUCAGGUCGUGGAUUGUAUGAUUUGAUCAAUAUUGCUGAAAGUGAUGAGACCAAUGAAAGUUCUCGUGAUACUUUAACGUCGGACGUACCUCCAGAAUCCUAUGAAGAUGCUGCGGUAGAACGUCUUCAUAGUUUGCGUAUAAAAGAGCCUGAUUUUGUACAAACAAUUCGUCCUGGUCAGCAAGUGGAUGUCUUUAUGUUUGCUGACACUUCUUCUACGUAUUCACUUUCGUUAAUUACCUUAAAAAACCCUUUUUCUGACUAG